AAAUCGCCUGACCAGUACUCCCCAGGUCAGCCCUGCCCCCUGCCACAGCCAUGAAGUCCACCACUAGGGACCCCCACCAGGUGCCCUCCCCACAUGGGGCCCUGGAGGGCCCUACCCCAAGCCACCCCUCUGAGCUGGUGCCAGGGUGGGCCACGGGCUCAGGCUACUGAGGGGGCCCCCUAGGACUGCCUUCCAGGGCAGGGUCAUGCCCUGUGUGGGGAGGCUGGGUCUCCCACCUGGGUUCUUCUGGCCCAAGCUGUCAUGGCUGAGGGUGCCUCUGAGCCCCGGAGAGAAGAGAGCGCCUCUCUAGGAAGAGGUAGUCUCUGGGUUGAGCUAGAACCCAGGCCUGGGACCCGGACGCGGCCCCUCGCUAUGCGCACCUUGCCCACCAGCUGCCUCAGGUGAGCUCAGGUGCGGGCAGGGGGCUCCGUUCUCGGGAGCCCCGCCCUGGCCCCCACCCCCGAGGCGGGCUCUUCAGGCGGGGCGGGCCUGAGGGCGCCGGGCUGGGCCCCACCCGCGGCGGGCGGAGCGGGGGAAGCCCGGUCGGGUCGAGGGCCCAGCGUGGCGCCCAGGGCCAUGGAACCGCGGCCGCGGCCCGGGACCUGUGCGGCGGCGGCGGCGGUGAGUAGGGUCGCAGGGGCAUGACCUCGAGCCUUGCUGGGGCCUGGGUCCCUGCGCCGGAGGAAGGGGACGCGGGGGGAGGGGACCGCGGGGCAGCAGAGGAAGGGUACAGGGGAUGGGAGGGUAGGGGAAUGCAUGUCUUUGAUCGGGCUUCCCUGGGUCCAUCUUCCGACCGAGUUAGCGAGUUAGCGGUUCAGCCGGGGCGGGGUCCUUCCGCCGAGAGGAAGCACCAUGUCAGGGGCCAGAGGGGUCUGGGGGAUCCCGACAGAAAAAGAUCAGUGUCCCCCACCUUACCGCAAGCACGGGUGGGGGUGGGGCUGCCUGGUUCCUCCGCGGUGCAGGGCAACAUGCGGGGCUGGCAGGAAGCCUGUAAUCUGCUCCUCCCAAGCCCUGUCUGUACCCAGGGGAAGGAAGUCAGUCUCACCCUCGACCCAUGGGCACCUCCUCUGCUCAAGAACCUGAGGGCAAGCGCUGGGGUGGGAGAGACGGCAGAGAGAGGCCCCCGCCUGGGCAGCCAGGCUGGGAGCUAGCAGCCCCUGUCCCCUAGGCCCUCCUCUUCCUGCUGCUGCUGGGUGCCCGGGCCAGCACCCCCAGCCCCCGGUGUGACUGCGGCCACAGCUUCCCAAAGCGGAGUGGUCUGGGCUGCUGCAAGGGCUGUCCAGCAGGGCACCUUUCUGGCCCGGGAAAACCACUAUGAGACCCGCUGUGCCCGCUGCCAGGCCUGCGAUGAGCUGGGUGAGGGGCUGCCUAGUGCUGGGGGUGGGGGGUGCUUGAGGACACGUCUGGCCAGGGUCUUUCUGAAGGAAGUGGCUGGCUCGAGCCCAGCCUUUGGGUAGGAGGCCCCUGUGCCCACCCCAUGUCACCCCACCCCACCCCAUGCCACCACAGGCCACGCCAUGUGGGUGCCUGCACCCUGGUCCUGCCUCAGGAUGUCUGUGCGCCCCGUCAUCCUGGUGACCUUCCUGUCCCCGUGCCCCAGCCUCUGGUCUGUGAUGAUCCCCACACUUCUCUCACUUUGGGGGCCGUCCUGUCUCUGGUGUCUGCACCUCCAUUCUCCAGGGGACCUGUCCCACCUCUCUGUGGGGGGUCUCUGGCUCUGACAGCCUCUGCUCUCCCCAACCCCCCGUUCCCACCAGCCCCCCAGAUGGCCCUGAGGAACUGCUCAGCAGUGGCAGACACCCACUGUGGCUGCAGGCCAGGCUGGUUCAUGGACUGCAUGGUCAGCCAGUGCCGGCAUGGGUCCCCCUUUCGCUGCCACCCAUGCACAGACUGUGGGGCCCUGCACCGGCACACGCAGACACCUUGUUCUAGCAGAGACACCCACUGUGGGACCUGCCUGCCUGGCUUCUAUGAAUAUGGCAAGAGCUGCGUGUCCUGUCCCACGAGCACCCUUGGGAGCUGUCCUGAGCCCUGUGUGGCUGUCUGUGGCUGGAGGCAGAUGUUCUGGGUGCAGAUGCUCGUGGCAGGCCUGGUGGUCCCACUCCUGCUUGGUGCCACCCUGACCUACACAUACCGCCGCUGCCAUCCUUGCAAGCCCAUGGGGCCCACAGAUGACACUGGUGUGGAGGUCCUGACCCCCCUACAGACCACCAAUCUCUCACCCCCGGACAGCGGCCCCGCCCUUCUGGUGCCACCCAGCAGCAGUGAGAAGGUGUGCCCUGUCCAGUUGGUAGGCCACGGCUGGACCUCUGGCUCUCCCCAGACGCAGGAGGCGCCCUGCCCAGAGGCCACAUGGUCCUGGGACCAGCUGCCCAGCAGAGCUCCUGGCCCGUCGCCCCCGCUCUCGCCGGCGCCCCCUGCAGGCUCGGCGGCCGCCACGCUCCAGCCUGGCCCGCAGCUCUACGACGUGAUGGACGCCGUGCCCGCGCGGCGUUGGAAGGAGUUCGUGCGCACGCUCGGGCUGCGCGAGGCGGAGAUCGAGGCGGUGGAGGUGGAGGUCGGCCGCUUCCGCGACCAGCAGUACGAGAUGCUCAAGCGCUGGCGCCAGCAGCAGCACGCGGGCUUGGGCGCCGUCUAUGCGGCCCUGGAGCGCAUGGGGCUGGACGGCUGCGCCGAGGACCUGCGGAGCCGCCUACAGCGCGGCCCGUGACGCCGGGGCCCACCCGCCACUUCGGGGCUCUUGGUGGCCCUUGCAGAAGCCCUAAGUACGGUUACUUAUGCGUGUAGACAUUUAAUGUCACUUAUUAAGCCCUGGCAUGGCUCUGCGUAGCAGCGCCAGCCAGCCUCACCCUUGAGCGCCCCCAGGGUCCAGUUAAGGCGAGGCAGCGCCAAUGAGGAUCAGGCGGGCGUCGAGGCUUCUCAGCUGUUUCUCGGCCUGUGUUUGGUUGAGGCCUCGGUAUUAAAUCUAUGAAGAAAA